CACCCAAAUCCACCACAAACCACCUCCAACCAACAAACAAGAUCCAGGUAACAUCACUGCCAAAGCCAGUGUUCAGAUCGUGUUUACGACACAUGAAGUAGACAUUACGUGGACGGUGGACUCUUCUAUUCCUAGGGAUCGGAUGUGCUGAAAGCUAGUGGCGAGAGCUCGAGAUACAAUAAAUAACUCAUCGCCGCCCGGGGAAUCUGGGAACUCGCAAUAUCAGAGCUUGAAAGCCGAGAAUCACUUGUAUAUGAAAUCACACGAACUCGGUUUAACGCGUUUGAUUUAACCAGUCGCCGGGGAGCGAUAUGGCUGCAUCAACACCUCAGACCCUGGAACUUCCAACUGCAAUACAUGGCAACGGGACAGCCCAUCCCGACCUAGCCAAUAUCAUCCAGGCGCUAGAAGCCAUACAUACUCGGACCACGACAAAUGAAAUCAGAAAGCAAGCUUCGGAAUUUUUGGAAUUGCAGAAACAUGAGAAGAGUGCGGUGCAGAAUGGAUUUUACUUGGCGGCGGAGCGGAGCCACUCUCCCCUCGUACGGCAUUUCGGUCUCUCGCUCCUGGAGCAUGUUUUGAAGCACAGAUUGUCCGAGUUGACCCCCGGGCAAAUUGGGCACCUUAGAGGAUUGAUUUUGGGACUUGCCCAGGAGGUUCAGGUUCAAGAUCUGUCGUAUAUCCGCAACAAGCUCAUUCUGUUGUGGGUAGAGAUAGCGAAGCGGACAUGGGCGCUGGAUUGGUUAGGCAUGGACGAAUCGUUGCUGCAGUUAUGGAACGGAUCACUGAUACAUAAAGAGUUUGUUCUGGGCGUUCUGGAAGCGAUGUCCGAUGAUGUUUUCCAUCACGAAGAUACAGCCUCUUCGUUGCGCGGGACGGAUUUGAAUCGCGCGCUGGUGGAGAUUUGCACUCCAUAUGCAGUUUUCAAGGAAGUCUAUCCCGAUCGAGCAAACUUCACCGAACUCCGCUGUGGGCCUGAAGGCUGGCUUUUCAGAAUCACCGUUCUCCUGAAUGAUUGUGUGCAGAAUCUCCAUUCAGCUCCCGAAGUCCGGACAUGUGCCCAGAAGGCGCUCGCAACUUUGCGAUCACUGUUGACGUGGAACAUCCCGCUGGCUAUUGCCUCUAGUCAGUGUGUUCAGGCAAUAUGCGGUGCGCUUACUGCAAACGAUGAGAGCAUCUUAAUGUUGGCUGUUGAGGCUUUGCAUGCUUUAUAUGGGAGAACGCACUAUGAUAUCCAGGAAUUCGAACCCCUUCUACUCAUAAUUUAUGACACAGAUCGUCUUGAAUUACUGAGAAAACUUUACGAGUGGUCCAUUGUCGAUGCAGAAAACAUUAUAGAUUCGAAAUAUACAACGUCUAAGAAACUGUCGGAGCUCCUAUCGUACUUGGCCGGUUUCCUUGAAGAGAAAAGUAUCAAUCUCAGCAAGAAGAUCGAUCAAUCCUACUUUUUCUCUUUUUUGACCAAUGUCUUAAGGCAUCCAAGUUUGAUUCUAUCUAUUCCUGUGCUUCAUUCUUGGUCAAGGCUGCUCAUUUGCGAUGAGAUUGGGAACCCAGACAUCGUUACCAAUUUUAUUGGCCCGUUGCUUGAGAUAUGCACCCAGCGACUCGUACGAUACGAAGCAUUCCCGGAAAAUUCAGAAGAUCCAACAAUUUUGUUCCUUAAUGAGGAUAUUGACACAUUACCCGACAGGCAUGCAUUCGUAGGAAACUACAGAAGGUAUUGUGGACAGGUCAUCGAGGUUAUCGUUCAAAAGCGACCUCAUGAUGCUAUUCCGCAUAUCCUCUCCGGUGUUGAUAUUGGCCUUAACAACAUAUAUAAUGGAACUGAUCCCUUUAAUCCUGCUACUUUCCAUAAGCACACGGUUGCAGCGCUGCGGGCUGACACGCAGUUUACUGUCACAGAAUAUCUUUUGAAAGGUUACAAUAAAUGGGUUGAAAACCACGGUAAUGACCCGCAACGAGAUGAACAGCAACGAUCAACGCUUGAGAGUUUGCUAGAAUCAUGGGCUCUAAGUUUGUUGCAAAGACAAUUUGUGGACCCGGUGAUCAAACAACGAGUUAUUCGGUUGUCCGUUGAUUUUUCAGCUAAAGCUUUGCGAAAUAAACCAAGCUAUGCACUAAAGGUUCUUGAGCAUAUCCUAACGACCCACGCUGUGGAUAAUCCCGAGUUCCCACUUUAUUCUGAGGCUGUGAGAGAACUGUAUAGCUUGUCAACGUAUGAAGUACGCAGACUUGCGACUCGAUAUGCAGAUUACUUUUCCACAUUUUAUGAUAUCCUCGAGCAAAAAGUCCAGGAGAUGCAACAAAGAUCUACCGAAGAUCAACCACAGAUGGAAUUAUCUUCGGUUUUACUCAUCGUUAUGCACCGAGCAAAAGAUGUCGAUCCGCAUCUACGACAAGCCCGUUUGCGCUCAUUCAUUGAACCCUUAAGGCAGGCUUGGGCAAACGACCAGUUCCGGCAGAUAAUUAGUACCUUUCAGGGCUUCUGUGAAGUCUUUGCCCUUGACCAGGUUCACCCAUAUUUACAAGCUCGUCAGGCACAAAAUAUUGAAGAUUGGUCUGUCAUUACCCUUGACGAGGAAGGAAAACGAAUUCAAAGUCAGAUGAACUCGAAGUUUCAGAGCGUUCCAUUAAGGAACACCAAAACUUUGCUGGCUGUCUCCACAGAGAAACUAAAACCAAGCGAUCCCCCGUACCAGGUAUCAUGCGAGCUCUGGAAAGACAUGAUUCCUCUCAUCCUUCCUUCUUUGCUGCAAUUGGUUGGCCAUGCCCACGCGUUUCAUAACCCCGAUAAUUGGGCGGGGUUACCACUAGAGAUGCGCCCAAUUGUUGGUCGAAUCUUGACAGAUAGGUUCUGGCAAGCUGGUAUUUCAGCGGGCAGCAGAGAGGAUUUCUACGCUAAAAUUGCCACAUCGAAACGUAGCCUUGAGGGAUUCUCAUCAUCCGUUCGAGGCAAAGUUAGAGCUGUCAGAGAAGCAUGUUAUUCCAUUCUGUUUAGCAUGAGUAGAUUGGGUGAGCACUUUUACGGCUUUCAGGAACUCUCGAUACCUUUAUCUCAAGCGUUAUACAGCAACGCCACAUCUCUUUCCUCUCACCAAUUUUCGGUUCUCUUGAAUAUAUCUAGAUGCCUCAUUGACGACUGCCCGCCGCAAUCCCGCGGGCACUUCCUCCCACCAAUGAUGUCAAGCUUAUUCGUUCAACUUGAUAAGAAGAUUACGACGGAAUGGGAUGUAAUAGAACGUCGGAGGGCGGGCAUGGUGGAUGACGAUUUAACGGAAGAGAUGAAGGAAGAGAGCAUACUGAGACAGUUGACUUACUCUGCCGUAAUCAUGGUGGCUAGUUUGUUGGAUCCUAACAAAGAAGGCCCCGGAAACCCAGACUCCAAUAAUCGCCCAACCCAAGCAGAAGAAGUUAACCCGGCCAACCUAAUGAGAACAUUCAUCCUCUCCACGCCCCAAAUCCUCGAACCGGUAGUCGUUUUCUGUACCCAUGCUCUACGCAUACACGAUACUCGGAGCUGUAGCAUAAUAACCCGAGUGCUCCGCUCUAUUCUAUCUUCCUUCUUACCCACCGUUGAUACCCCCACUGCAGCGAGUAUUCGCGAAUUCAUCAGCACCCAGGUGCUGAAAGCGUGCAUAACCUCCGUGCAUGAACCGUACUUUGUCGAUAUGCAAAAGGACCUCGCCCAACUAAUUGCCUCUAUAUGGAUCCUCUACGGGCCCCGGAGCCCUACCCCAAGAUCUGUCAUGUUAAGCUUACCUGGAAUUACGGAAGCGAGAGCCAUAGCUGCUGAAGAGGCGUUGAUGAAAUCCUCGUCAACACGAAUCCAGAAAGCAGUGGUUUUGGAUUUCCUAGAAGGUUUGAGGGGCGUAAGUAUCAGUGAGCAAGGAAAGAUCGGCGGAGCCCGGGCUGGUCGAAGAAAGGAGCGAAGUAUCAUGCAGGCAAGGUAUAUGACGACGGAAAUGGAAGGCCAGGAGGGCGGAAAAGUGGAUAUCAACAAUGGACCUGAUUUGACCGGAGUGGCUGAUAUGUUCUCUUGAGGGGGUCCUGAGAGGUUGAUGGGCUCCCUUUUUCAGUGCAGCUAUAUAUCCCGAUACUUUUUGCAUUUCUAUGGCCCCAUCGUAUUCGCAGUGUUGGAAACCUGUAUACCUCAUUUCCUCUCCCAGUCUUUAUCUGCUAAGAUAAGGUGCGGGCGCUUUACGCAUAACGUUUUGUCGGUGCAUACGAAUGCCUAUUUCUGCGUUGAAGAGUGAAGAACUCCUGUAUUGUAGGAUCGAGGAACGCUCUUGAAUGUAGGAUGAAUCUUGAUGCAUUUUGAACUGA